UUUAUGUUCAGUCGUGUUGUGGCCGGGACGGAGGGAGGAGUGGAUCAUACUGUGCUGGGUAGUUGGAACUUUGUGGUCGUGUUCUGUCGGUGUGGAGUCAAAUAUGUGCUUUUGGUGUUUUUAGUGUUUGAUACAAGAUGCAAAGCCAAAGCCACUACAACGUUGAUGACAAGUUUGGAAUGAAUAUCGGCACCUUUGACCCCGAGCUGUUCUCGCAGCCCAUGGGAGCCCCCAUGGCCGGCAUGGGGGUGGGCACCAAGAGGUCCGCUCACGACGCAGGCCUUGACAGGGAUCCGCUGGGACUCUCCUCAGAUGAAGACGGGGACUUGUUGAAGAAGGACGACAAGAUGAACCCGUCGUCGAGCCGGGAGGUGCUGCCCCACCAGACCUCCCUGGACCCCCAGCAGCAGCAAACCAAGACGCUGCCCAACGGCAAGAAGACCAAGGGCAGGGUCAAGAUCAAGAUGGAGUUUAUCGACAACAAACUGAGGAGAUACACCACCUUCUCCAAACGGAAGACCGGCAUCAUGAAGAAGGCGUACGAGCUGUCCACGCUGACGGGGACGCAGGUGAUGUUGCUAGUGGCGAGCGAGACGGGGCACGUGUACACCUUCGCCACCAGGAAGCUGCAGCCCAUGAUCACCUCCGAGGCGGGCAAGGCGCUCAUCCAGACGUGCCUCAACAGCCCCGACCCGCCGCAGGCCCCGCACCACCACGACCAGCGCAUGUCCGCCACGGGCUUCGAGGAGACGGAGCUCACCUACGCCGUGAACGAGGACGAGCAUAAGGUCAGGCAGAUGAUGUACUCAACGCCCAUCAACUCCAUGCACCAGGGCGGCUCCAUGGCCUCGCCCUCGCACCACGCCGCCGCCGCCGCCGCCGCCGCGGUCGCCCUCCAGACCCACCACCACCAGCCCCAGUAUCACCACCCCCACCCCCUCCCACUCCCCACUUGUCCACGCCCACCUCUACCCACCCCAUGAACCACCACCACCACCACCUGACCCAGAGCUCCCCGGGCCAUACUGACCACACGGGCGUGGGUCUGCACCAGCACUCCCAUCUGGUGGCCCCGCAGACCCCCACUGCCCUCCCACUCCCCCCUUCCCCCGCACUCACCCAUGGGGGCGCCCUCACCCACCUCCCCCUACCCCAGCCUCCACCACCAUCCCCACCACCACAUCCCAACACAUUCGCGGUAGGGGUGCGCCAACAACUUCCGCCCACCCCCACCCGCCCCCUUCAGUGCACGCUACACCUACCCCUUCCCCACCCUGUAUGAGUAGGCGAUCCUUCCUCCUGGCGGCGUGCGUUGCGUGGGCGUGGGCGGCAGAAAACGGCGGCGGCGGCGGUGCGGGAGGCGGCGGCUCCUGCACCGAACUGGCCAGGGAGGCCCGGCAAGGUUGCCCCGCCCCGUCGCGCCGCCCCGCUGCCCCUGCCCUCGUGGCGGAGCAGCGGAGCGGGGCGGAGCGGAGCCUGUCGGGGCCUCCCGGCGGCAGUAGCUGCAGCCGCUGUGGUAGAUGAUCUCACUGUCAUGACUCGUGUGCCAUACAUGUACAAGUGGCGCCGGGCCCCUCCGCCCCCGCCGGCACCACCACCACCAUCACCACCACGCGACAGUGCCACAAGAGUCUGCCGCAGAGUGCCCGGUGCCAUAGAGGGCGUGGUGGUGAUGGUGGUGGGGGCGCUGGUGGUGGUGCAGGGUGCGGCGCCCUACAACUCGCCUCACGCUGGUUGUAAUCUUUAUACCGGGGCGGCCCCGAUCCCGACCCGGCGCCCCUCUGUCCGCCCUGGCAGCCGCCCGGGGCCGCGCUGUCCCACAGGAAGCCAGGGCCUGGGGGGCAGUGUGGCCAGGGCGGCGCUGACGGCACCCGCAUGGGCCCUGUGGCAGUGUGUGGUGCCCCGCAUGGCUUUGUGGCCAGGCUGUUGUGCAGGCAGUAUCGUGGCCACGCCGGCUGGCCGCGGCCCCGGCUUGUGAUAGUGGCUGUCUGCACCACUGUGAUGCCUUGACUUAGUGUGGUAGUGAACGUGUGUGUGGCCAGUCCCGUCCCGCACGUCCUGCAUGUCUAUGUCCAUGUUGUUGUUAUUUUUGUUGUUGUCCUGUUCCCCACACACCGACACACAGGGGCGCCCUACCUCAGGAAUACCCCAGGUUGACCUCACACUUCCCGACGCGACGACCCAGCACGUCUACGAGGUACAAGUUAGCGAGACACGUGACCGGCUGCAGCAGGACCGCCGCUCACUCGUUCCGCGGCGGUGUUGGCCUGUCUGUCUGAGCGGCGCGGCGCGGCACGGACUAUACUGGCGGUGAGGCCCCGGGCUGCUGUUGCUGCUGCUGCUGCUGUACUGUUUCGCCACGAUGACACCGUCUGGCUGACGUUCCUGUCAUAUUACCGUCCUCCUGAUGGAGACGCUGACGUUCCUGGUGAUGCUGACGCCCUGAUGGAGGUGCUGAGCGGCCUCCUCGGGUGAAGCGCUGAUCCGGUCCCCUGCAGGAGGCCCCGCAGUGGCGGCGCCUCCUGGUGGCGGCCGUGCUUCCUCCCUCCCUCACUCCCUUCCUGUAGAUUGGUCUUGGUCAGUCACGCCUUAACACUCCUUCUGAAGGACUCCCGAGACUGUUAUACGACGGCGACGAGGAAGAUGAGGAUGGAGGUGGUGGUGGUGGUGGUGGUGGUGGCGGUGGUGGUGGUUGGUACUGGUGGUGGUAGUGGUGGUGGUGGCGGUGUUGUGACGAUGAGGGUGAAGUCUUUCUCACAAGUUUUUGCUGUUGGUGGAGGUGACGUGAGGCCGCGGCAAGAUGGCGGCGUGGCGUGUGUGUGCGUGCUGAUAAAUGGUGUGAGUGUGUACGUAAGGCUGAUGUUGACAGGGUCUGCUGCUCCCACUGCUGCCGCCGCCCGUCCCUCCCCCGCCCGCCCUCAGGUGCGGGUGGGGGGCAGUCCUCUCUCGGUGGCCAGGUGCAGGGCGGCGGCGGCGUCAGGAGCCCUCUGCUGCUGCUCGUGACUUUCGUUAGCGAUGAUAACCUUAACCAAAGUCAGGCUUGGACGGGCGGCAGCGGCGAAGGAGGCGACGGUAACUAGUCAGUGGACGUGACUAAUACCAGCUUUAACCAGUGUGUGUGUGUGUGUGUGUGUGUGUGUGUGUGUGUGUGUGUGGUGGCGUCCUGGUACCCUCGCACCGUGACGGGUCUCAGUCCCCGUGGGAGGUGGCGUGGCAUGGGCGGGGCGCCGCGCCCUGCAGGAGCGGUGCCCCAUCGCGGGCGGCCGCAGACAGGUAGCCGACAGCUCUCACCUCGCUUGUUUGUCCCUGCGACACAAGUGUGGGCUGAGGGGCGGCGAGACCUGCCGCCCGGGACUCACCUUCACGCCCACGCCCACUGGUUCAUUGGUUCACCGCCCACCACCGCGACCCACCAGCCCCCCUUCCCCUCGCUACCACGCCGAGCACAAACUGUGUACAUACCGCGUUAACUUGUUGAUUAACUGUGUAGUGAAAUAGGUAACUUAUUGUAUUUUUAGGGCCACAUCUAAAUACGAAGUGUAUAUACGAGUUGUUUUAUUAAUCUUGUACAAAUGGAACACAAAAAAAGAAUCCUAGUAAAGUCGUGCUAUCUUUAA